AUGCAGGCCAAGGUGGAGAAAGAGAUGGGUGCUGCUCAAGGUAUUACAUUUAUGAAAUUGAUGUUUUAUAAGUCUAUGUUAAUUCUUGGCUUUUAUGCGGUGAAGGAAGGAUGGCAACUAUUGUGUAGUUUUGACAGAGCAGUUAUCAGCUACUUUGAUGUUAUUGGAGUAACUCUUUUCUUUAGCACAGCCCUGAGGACAUUGAAUGUUCAACUAGGAGAGACAUCAAGGUUGGCUUGGCUCAGGGUGGAGCUUGAUCCGUUGGCUCAUUCGGACGAUCUCUUGAAGAAGGCUUACAAUAGACCAGCUGAUGGAGUCAAUCAGUCUGCUUCAAAGUGGUUCAUAUCCAAGAACGCUAUUGUUUCUGGGCUCGGUCUUCUUGGACUUAAACAAGGACAAAGUGACUCUACAACCGAUGGUGAAGCCCCUCCCCCCAAGGCUCGGAGAAAGAGAAUUGUGAGGAAAAAGGUGGCAACAAGUUGA